GUGGUCGGAGAUCUGCUGGAAGCCCGGCCCCUCGUCGCACCGUCAAUUGUCGGAUUUGCGUCUCCGAACUUGACUUAUGCACCUGCGCGAGGUCUCAGCGUGCAGCGGGCCUGUGGCAUCCUGAAGUCGUUUUCAACGAAAACCGGAUUUGGCUUCAUAGCGUCACCGGAGCUUUUUGAGGUGUUCGAGACGGACAUCUUCGUGCACUCGAAGCAAAUGAGACCAUAUGCCGCCGUGCUGGCACCAGGGACUCCGGUGACCUUUGCUGUGGCGUUGGGCAAGGAGAACAAGCCGCAGGCGUUUGACGUUCAGCCAUUGGAUGGAGUGCUGGCACAGACAGCCCACACUGCCAUUUUCUCAAUGAGUACCGGCCGCAUGGUCGGCCUGCCUGGAGAGGCGUAUGCAGGCGGCCUUUGUGGCCCUCGGGGAGACACGCUGGUUUCAAGCGCAAAGAGAAAGUGGCAGGAUGCUAAUGCCGAGCUCGGACACUUCAUGGGAAGGAUCAAAGCCUUCAAUGCCGAAAAAGGAUUUGGCUUCAUUGUGAGCGAGGAGCUGGCCAGCUUGGGAUAUUUGGAAGACGUCUUCUUGCUGGCCAAGGAUGCCCUCCAAAGACCGACCUGCGAGGCUGGCCCUGGCCCUGGCCAGGUUGUGGCCUUCAGGACACCUGGUGCAGCUUCGUGGAUUCUGGGCUCAUUUCUGGAUCCACCGAGCCACAGGAGGUUGAUCCCCAAAGAUUGCUUUGGGUCGUGGGCCAUGCACACUCACAACACCCUGCGUUACGAUGGCGAGGCCCUUGGCCUCGAGACUGUGCAACAGUGGAUUGAGGACAAGAGCCUAAAGAAGAGGUGCGAGCAGAUCGAGUUAGUGUCCAAGAAGGUGAAGUCCGAAGUCACACAGCUGUUUGCUUCUCAGAUGCUCCGUC